UGCGACCAGGGCUGAGUUCUCGUCGUUCGGUUACAUUCCGCCAUUUCGGCUUAGAUCGGCGCGCUAGAUUCUUUCACGUGAUAAUAUUUCUAGCUCUUCCAGCGACUGUUGAACCGCACUUCAGCCCUCAACACUCUCUUCCUCGCCAAUAGCAGACUUCAUAGAACCGUUAAAGCCCUCGGAGAAUUGAGUGCAUUGCACCCAGAACACUUUGGGCUCCUCUUCAUGGCAUCGCACGCCUCUUCCGCCUCCAGUCUCCCCGUCUCGGCUGCCGCAGAUCCCGCAUUUUGGACCCAGGACUUCUCGGAUACGUCUUCACUGGCCCUGCACCUCUCUCCAGGAGGGAGUUCUACGACUCACACCUCGAGUCCAACUCCUCCGGCGCAGACUCCAAAGUCGGACAGUGCUCACGGGCCCGCCGCCGCUAGGGCGUCAGUCGCCGUCGCCUGCGUACCGUGUCGCAGCCGGCACCUUAAAUGCGACGGUGGUGUGCGCUGCUCUAGAUGUAAGGCCGAUGGAGUUGAGUGCACUUACAUCAAGUCCCGUCGCGGCUGGAAAGGAAAAAGGAAGAAUAAGGGAGAGAACGGAGCACCAACAGGCUCGGGACCAGAAAAUGAAACGGUCUUACAUGGGCCGUUGAGCAACUCUCUUGCAACAACAACAAUUGCUUUGCCAUCUCCUGGAUAUGACUUUGGCUCAGAACUUUCUCUUGUCGAUCAGCUGAGCAGCGCCCCAAACAGUCUUAGCCUCUUGGCCUCAGCACCCCCAGUUGGCCAAUUUAACCUCAAUGGAACCCAAAGGACAAACCAAUUUGGUACCACAGGCCCUCCAAAUGCGAUAGGAGCUUUCUUUCACUUCUUCUAUGGCUCUCACCCGUUUUGCCUGCCUCGACCGAGACUGGUGGAGUUUCUUAAAGAGAGGAGGGCCCCGCUGUUGGAGCUCGCCGUUCAGUACAUAGGAUCUAGCUUCCUCCCGUCGGUACCUACGGACAUUUAUAAGGAAGCUUUAAACCGGACGAUAGCAAGCCAGAACUAUCCAAAGGAUGGCUACACUGUCCAAGCCUUGCUACUUUUCUCCAUUGGGCUGCAUGCCAACAACGACGUUCCAAGAGCAGCUCAGAUUUUUGGAAUGGCUCAGGCUAUGACGGUUGAAAUAGGUCUGCACCGGUCUGACUACGCUAUUAUCAAUGGGAACAAUGAUAGGGUUCUAGAGGAGAGCUGGAGACGAACAUGGUGGUCCAUGUAUACCGUCAACGGAAUGAUGGCUGCUGUGAACCCAGGCGUUCAAUUUCGACUUAAAGAUAUAGCAACCGAUGUACCCUUACCGUGUGAGAAUGAUGAAUACUUCUCAGGGCAAAUUCCCUACGCCCGCACGAUCCAAGAGUACGACGACAGCGCCUUCGCGCCUGAAGAAAUGGUCUUCUCCUCCUUCGCCUACCUAAUCGACGCAAUCCGAAUCCUAGGCAAAGUCUUCGAAGUAUCGCGCCUGGACAGCACGUUCGAAUAUCACAUCGUCGACGUCGUGGACCAAUAUCUCAUAAACUGGAAGCUACACCUCCCCGUCUCUAAAACCGAGAUCAUCAACGACCACGGGCAAAUCGAUGAACUGCUUUUCCAAGCCCACAUGGUGCAUUCCGGUAGCACGAUUAUGCUGCAUCGACCGCGCUCCAGCCUUGGAUUUGGCCGCGUUGAGAACGUGAAUAUCUGUGUUCAACCCGGGCAGGUUUUGCUUCCCACACAAACGCGUGAAGUGCAUACCUCAAAAUGUCUGUUUUCGGCUGAAAAUAUCUCUACUUUAAUUAAGCUCCCCGGCCCGUUGAUCCAUCACACGCCUUUCUUCACCUGCGUCGUAGUCAUGGCAUCUGUUGUCCACCUAUCCUAUUGGUCAUUUCUCGUCCCGGACGGCCAAGACGACGUUAUCAAGCAAUCUAUCCGACUAGACGUGGGAACACUGCAACAGUAUAGCCAUACAUGGCCGAUCGCAGCGGUAGUAUUAGGACAAGUCAGAGGCGUUGCGCAUACCCUAUUCAACAGCAAAAAGGCAAUGAGCAUUCAUCUGUGGAGUAGCAUCGCGCAGGACGAUAUUAUUAGAGGAGUGAUUGAAGACGGCGGGAGUGAGCCUUUGGAGAAUUAUAGUCAGCUUUUAACACCGAUGUUGAAAUCGUAGUUAGGAUUUUAUCUCCACUCCCUACUUCAUCAUACCUGUCAAUUAUUCCUCGCAUUUUGUCUAUCCCAUCUUUCCAUUGCUUGCCCC